AGAAUAAAUAAAUACUAAAUAGUACCUACCUAAUACCUAUUUAUCUCAUUAAUAGUAUUUACUAUUUAGUUAACACUAAACAGAUUACUGUCGUACAGCAUAAUAGUAAAUAAUAAUAAAUUACGAUGAUUAUAGUACUACAAUAAUUGAAUGCCUACUGUGUUGACGUAUAUAGUACCUAGUUUAAUAUUAUGAUUUAUAUUUGAUUACUUUUACAAAAACAUCUUUACAGUUUUACACCUAUAUUGCAUUUAUAUGUAGGUACUGAAUUUAGCGUUUAACAUUUAGUGUUGAUGCUGUUGAUAUUAAAUCAUAGUAUUUAAGAUUGUUUCUGGCGUUUAAAUAUAAUGUCUGAACCAGUGAUUGUUGUGCACGGUGGAGCUGGAAAUAUACCAGACAAUCGUGAUCAACCAAAGUUUGAUGGAAUUUUAACUGCUAUCAGAAAGGCUCAUGAAACCUAUAAAAAAACAUCAUGUAUUACGGAUGCAUGUCAAGCCGCUGUUGAGUACAUGGAAGAUGAACCGGCAUUUAAUGCAGGCCGUGGAUCGGUGUUAAAUCUAAAGGGAGAAAUUGAAAUGGAAGCCCUUAUUAUGGAAGGAAAAGACAUGAAGGCUGGAAGCGUUACUGGUGUAAAAAACAUUGCACAUCCAAUAGCACUAGCCAGAAAAGUGAUGGAAAACACUCCUCAUGUAUUUUUGAUGGGUACAAGUGCUAAUGAGUUUGCUCAAAAAAUGGGAUUUGAGACUGUCAGUGAUGAUUAUUUGAUGACAAGUGAUGCAAGAACAGGCUUAGACAAUUUUUUGAAGUCGGGCAGCCAACCCAUUUUAACUGAAAUCGGACAUGGAGGUGUUGGCACUGUUGGUGCAAUUGGUAUGGAUGGAAACAGCGGGCAUAUGGUGUCGUGUACUUCGACAGGAGGAAUUACCGGCAAAAUGGCAGGCAGGGUUGGUGAUACACCUGUUCCUGGUGCUGGUGGUUACUGUGACAAUAACGUGGGCACUAUUUCAACCACUGGCCAUGGUGAUAGCAUAAUGCGCUAUUGUUUGGCUCAAAGAAUAAUGCAAAAUUUGGAAAACGGUGAAACUCCAAAUACUGCAGCUCAGAAAGCAUGUGAUGGUAUGUCUGCCCGUGUGGGUGGCAGUGCUGGAGCUAUUGUUAUUUCCAAGAGUGGGGAAGUCGGUAUUGGUUUUUCUUCUCCUAAAAUGGCAUGGGCCUACUUAAAAAACGGAAUCAUUUAUUAUGGAAUUAAAAAGGGUGAACAGUUUACAGUUGAGUUGUAAAACAAUCUAAUGUGAUUGCUGAAUCAAAAUUUACUUAUUACAUUUUAUUUGAAUAAAAUAGAUUUUUUUAAAUACUGUUAAAUAUAUACUAAAAAUUAUAAAUGCUGAUUAAUAUUAAUUUAUUAAAUAAUUUUGAAAGUUGAAAAAAA